UCUGACACACACUCACUUACCAACUUCUCACAAUACUGUUUCAAAUGAAUGCAUCAUCUCAUUGCAAAGCAUAUCUCUUGUAACCCCAGUUGAGAAGUUUCCACCUUUCAUUUCUUACCACAUCCCUCUCUAACUCUCUUCCCAUAUCAUCCCCUACUUUCUACUUCUGCUUCUGUUGUGUGACCUCAAACUUCUUCAAAGCACAUUAUUUAUUGUUUCUAUUAUUAUUAAAUUAUUAUUACUAUUCUCUCUCUCUCUAUAUAUAUAUAUAUAUAUAUAUAUAUAGGCUAUAGCAAAGCCAUCAGAAUAUAUUGCGGGGGUGUUAGUUACUCAUAUGGGGUCUCGCUCUGCUUCUCCUUAGGGAUUACAUUUAUUAGCAUUCUUUUGUUAGUAUCACUACCAUACGGAAUGUUGGUCACCCUCAUAGAGGCCUAAGGUAGCAGCAGCAUUUAAGACCACAUACUUUGAUCACUGCUCAGCUUUGAUGGAGAGGCUCCAAGGACCCCUCAAUUCCUAUUUCAUUGGAGACCCCCUGGGAGUGAAUUGUUUGGACCAAGUUCUGGUUGACGAAGAGACCCUGAGACUAGAGGAGGAAGAACAGCUUCUGAUAUCAAGUUUAGAGGACAAGAUGCCUUUUCUUCAGAUGCUUCAGAGUGUGGAAUCCCCACAGUUUUUCCCUUUGAAAGAACCAAACUUUCAAACACUUCUGAGGCUGCAGCACAUUACGAAACCAUGGGAGGGAAUGGCCUAUGUUCCAAGAAUGGAAGCACAAGUUCAAGCAGCAUUGGAGCUAGAGAGUUGUGUGACACAUGACAUGUUGGAGAUGCAGUCACCGGUGAAGUCAGAAAGCAAUGAGCUCCAACACCCACUUUCAUUUUCGUGUGUUGAGAAAGUGAGCUAUGAGUGCAACCAGGAACCACACAAAGUAUCACAAUCAUGCCCCAAAUCUCAGCCAGCAACCACAAGGGAAAGGCGAAAGAGAAAGAGAACAAGGCCAAGCAAGAACACGGAAGAUGUGGAGAACCAACGCAUGACCCACAUUGCUGUUGAACGCAACCGGCGGCGCCAAAUGAAUGACCAUCUCAGUGUUCUAAGGUCCCUCAUGCCUCCUUCCUAUAUUCAAAGGGGUGACCAAGCCUCAAUAAUUGGUGGUGCAAUAGAUUUUGUGAAGGAGUUGGAGCAGUUGCUUCAGUCCCUUGAGGCACAAAAAAGGAUGAGAAAGAAUGAAGAGGGAGGUGGUUCUUCUUCCUCGGUGUUGUGUAAGCUCCCUCCAACACCGUCAUCUUCAUCACCACAUGGCUAUGGAAUGAGGUCAUCAGCUAGUGAGGAAGUGAGCUGUGGAGAUGAGAUGAAAGCAGAAAACAAGUCAGAGGCAGCAGAUAUAAAAGUGACUUUGAUUCAAACCCAUGUGAACUUGAAAAUUGAGUGCCAAAGGAAACCAGGGCAAUUGAUAAAGGUCAUUGUUGCUUUGGAGGACCUAAGGCUUACCAUUCUGCACCUCAACAUCACCUCCUCAGAGACUUCUGUCCUUUACUCCCUCAAUCUCAAGAUUGAAGAAGGCUGUAGCCUACUUUCAGCAAGUGACAUUGCAGAAGCAGUUCAUCAUAUAUUCAACUUCAUUAAUGGAGCUAGACACCACUAGCUCUCCAGUCUUAGGGAGUGGUUGCAGAGGAAUAAAGGACGAAUCAUUGCAAGGAAGAUGGGGAAACGGGGAACACAGGGCAUUCAUUUCUUGUCUUCAUAUCAAUAUGAUGUGUAUAAUGUUAGGUGGUAGCUGAGAGAGAUAAUAGAUGAUGAUGGUACUGCAGGGAGGCUAAGGCAUGUGAUAUAUAUUAUUGUUUGCUGCUCAAACGGUUACUCUUGUGUUGAUUUAAUUAAAAUGUUAGCUUUUGUUGUAUAA